AUGAUGACGGGAACAAAUGUCCAGUUUGGAACAGUUGUUGGUGCUAUAAUAGCAAUGCCAUCCCUAUUUGGACAGUUGUCCCUUUGGUGGCACAUUUAUUUGCUCGAAUUGGUCAUACUUUUAGUCGUACUAGCAGCUCUACCAUUUAUGCCUGAAAGUCCGGGAUAUUUGAUGUCCUGCAACAAUGACAGCGAAGCUCGCAAAUCAAUCAAAUUUUUCUGGAACUGUCCAGAUGACGAGAUUGAUUCGCUUUUGUUAGAAAUCAAAGCAAACAUGAAGCAGUCGGCCGCAUCAAUGUCUCUGCUAGAUGUCUGGAAGAACAGGACGACCAGACGUGGUGCCAUAGUAGGCAUAGUGGUGUGCUUUGCAAUGGCAUUCACUGGCAUUGCU